AUGAACCAAUCAACAUUUUUUAAUGUAAGCUAUUGCACAGAUCCUUUAUUCAAGUUGAAUGUUUUGAAGAAAACAACGAGUGUUAAGUGUGAUGUAUGCCUGUUGGGCGAUAACAACCCGGUUCGGUAUGGAGAAUUCAUAGAGAAAACAUACUCAAAACAAGUACUCCGUGUUCAUUACUUUUGUUUGCUUUCCGGCACCUACAUUGAACAAAACGCAUCAUCAGAUGGGGCGGGGAUCGCUGGCUUCAAAUUACGUGACAUCUUCAAAAGCUAUGAGGAAUAUCGCACAAAAUCGUGCUUCUACUGUCGACAUCUAUCGGCACCAAUCGAAUGUGCACAACGAAAGUGCGGCCGACGGUUCCAUUACAUUUGCGGUUACAAUAACUCCUGCCUUACACAGUUUUUUGGUCAGUAUUUAUCAUACUGCCAUCAACAUAUACCCGCUGAGUUGUGUAAACCAUUAAACACGAAGGAGCGAGACUGUAAUAUUUGCUACAUGAACUUACCAGACGUAAUGGACCCGAACUUCAACCCAUUGGCGAUCAUACGCACCCACUGCAGUAGCGAAUGUCCGGCCGGGCUACUGCACCGCGAGUGUGUACAGAAGUUUGCCUAUUCGUCAGGUUACAACUUCAAAUGUCCGUUAUGCUGGAAUAAGAAGUUUAAGACUCAUGCCGCAAAGAGUGGGAUCUUUAUACCAGAGCGAGAGUCUGCCUGGGAACGUGAACCGGACGCAUUUAAAGAUCUUCACAAACGAAAAUGCACAGCUGUUCCGUGUGUCGCAGAAAACGCGCAGCAAGAAGAUGAGCUAUCUGAAUUGGUAGGGUGUAAAAUUUGUGGUGGACAGUUAAAGCAUAAGCUUUGCGCUGGGGUAACAGAUGAGAACGAUUAUCUUUGUAAUGUUUGUAGGGACGACUCGUUUGCAAAUUUGGUGUAA